CUAAAAAUCUGAACUUAUUUUUUAAGACAUUUUAAUGACAACACCAUAGAAUAAUGAAAAACUGUAACUAUUCUUUAAAAAUAAAGGGAUAAAAUUUUUGUGCUUUGGGAACAUAGUGUUAUUGUUUUUGCAGGCGUCGUGAACGUGUUCGGCUUUUAUUCUUUUGUGGUGAUUUUUUACAUAUUGUAGUGUGUUGACUGCUACUUUAGGUGCAGCAUAACGGCCUUUAAACUGGCGAAAAGGAAGGCGCAAAUGGCUUUAUGCCAAAAUUCGGUUUUAAAAGUAUACGAUAGCGUAAUAGAAGAUGUUAUAUCGAACGUGCGAGACGCUUUUCUCGAUGAUGGCGUAGAUGAAAAAGUGCUACAAGAAACGAAACAGUUAUGGCGUAGCAAAUUAAUGUCGAGUAAAGCUCUUGAUAUAAAUCCUGAAAAAUCAGAAUCACAACCUCUACAAAGUAUAGACAACAACCAAAAGCCCACAAAGGCCUCUGCGGCUAAAGCUAAGAGACAAGCACGUAUAGCUAUAGCUGCUCAACAUAACAGUUCUUCAGCAAUAGCAUCCACAAAUUUGGAUAUAAAUCAAGGUAUUGCCGGCAAUGCUGGAUCAACAGGAGGCGCAACAGUCGGAUUGACUAAUUCACAAGAACAAACAUCAACCACUGAUCCCUUCCCAAUUGUUACUGCACUAGAUCCAUCUCGAAUUAUGCACGUUAAUAUUACUUUACCUGCUCAACCUGGAAGCGAAAAUACGGAACCUCGCGUACUUACUGUACAAGUGCCAGCUUCAGCCUUGCAGGAAAAUCAACUUCAACAAAUUUUAACAUCACAGCUAAUAUCAUCUAUUAUAUGUUUGCCAACAAGAUUGGCUCAUUAUGCGCUACAACAACACAUAACAGCGGCACUACAAAAAAAAGGUAUACAGAAGUUCAAUCCAUCAAAACAACUUGAUGGUAAACUGGUGGAUACUACAGAUGAAGAGGAAAGCGAUGUUAGUGAAGAUUUAAUUGAUGAAGACGAUGAGGAUAUUGAUAAAGAUGAAUAUGAAGAUAUAGAAAAUAGUGAUGGAACUGAAGAAGAACCACUUGACAGUAGAGAUGAUAUAAGUGAUGACGAGUCUACUGAUCUUGAUACUGAGAAUGUCAUUGUUUGUCAAUAUGAUAAAAUAACACAUUUGCGUAAUAAAUGGAAAUUCUACCUUAGAUCUGGUAUUAUGAAUAUAGCUGGGAAAGACUAUGUUUUUCAAAAAUCAAACGGUAGUGCCAUAUGGUAACGUUUGUAAUCGCAAAAAUCUACUUUUAUAUGUUAUUUUAAUUUUUAUAAGCAUUUUCCUUAUUCUUAUUACUAAGUUUGUUUAUAUCAAAGUUUUACUACGUAUUCUUAUAACUUAAUUUUUGUAAUUACGUUAAUUUUUGUACUUAAAUCGGGAAAAAUAAUAUAAUCAAU